GUGGUGGCAACACACCUAGAACUUGUUUGUUGACUCUUUGAUUACACUAAUGGAAUUUCAGUUUGUUCAGUUUCACUCACUGCCUCUGUUUGUAUCUCUGUCACUGCAGGACCAACAUGGAUCCAGAAGUCAGCGCUCUCAGGAGGCCGACAAACCUCACAUAAGAACGGGAGAGAAAAAAUACAGCUGUGAUGAGUGUGGGAAGGAUUUUACCAAGGCUGGAAGCUUAAAAACACACCAACGCAUUCAUAGUGGAGUUAGACCGUACAUCUGCGACUUAUGUGGAAAGUCUUUUACUCAGGCUGGAAGUUUAAAAACACACAAACUCCUCCACAGUGGAAUUAAAGCAUACAACUGUGAGCUGUGUGGAAAGUCUUUUACCCAACCUCAAGGCUUAAAAUCACAUCAGCUCAUCCACAGUGGAAUUAAAGCAUACAGCUGUGAGCUGUGUGGAAAGUCUUAUAAGACGGUUGGACACUUAAACAGACACCAACUCAUCCACAGUGGAUUUAAACCGUACAACUGUGAUCAGUGUGGCAAAACUUUUGCUCGCAGUAAGAACUUACAACUUCAUGAAGUUACCCACACUGGAAUUAAGGCGUACAGCUGUGACAUUUGUGGAAAAACCUUUAGGUGGCUACUCAGCCGAAAUAAUCACCUACGCAUUCACACCAAAAAUGAUGUUUACUGCUGUGAUCAGUGUGGCAAAGUGUUUGUGGUAUACAAAGAAUUAAAGCGGCACAUGUUUACCCACACUAAGGAGAGACCUUAUAAAUGUGACCUCUGUGAUAAGGCUUUUAAAGAGCCACGUUCCCUGAAAGCACACCAACAGAUCCACACCAGAAAGAAACUCUACAAGUGCAGUUACUGUGAGAAGCAGAGUGACGCAGGUGGAUCCAGUUCUCAACCCUGCUGUCACUUUGGUGGUGGGAAAGAGUUUCGCUGUGACCUUUGUGGAAAAACUUUCAGUCAGCAGUGGUGCCUAACAUUACAUCAACGUAGACACACUGGAGAUAAAAUGAACUAUUGCAAAGAAUGUGGGAGAGGCUUCCCCACACCAAGUACAUUAAAAAUACAUAAGCUUAUCCACAGUGGGGUUAAAAAGCACAUCUGUGAUCAGUGCGGGUCAUCCUUCACCACUGCAGGUCAUCUCAAACAGCAUAAACGCGUGCACACAGGAGAGAAACCAUACAAGUGUAGACACUGUGACAGAAGCUUUUCACAAUCAAGUAAUCGUAACCUUCAUGAACAUAGACACAAGGAAGAGAACAUCAGCUGUGACCAGUGUGACAAGACCUUCAAGAGUCUCAGUUCAUACUCCGAACACAAACAAUCCCACACUGUAAAUACAGUUUUACAGUUACCAAUGUGCAAUAACAUUCACUUCAUUAUUUGCUCUGUGCAAACAUCAACAUCAAGCAGACCCGAAAUCAGACUUCAGGCUCCACAGAGUUCAGCUGGACUCUCCUAUAAAAAGUGUGUCAGCUGAUGUCACACUUGGAUCUGAUGAGGUAGCUCUGAUUUCUGGAUUUACAGCGAAUAAUCCUGAAUGGUUCAGGAUAGUACAGUAUUCAGGAAGAUAGUAUAGUUAUCUACAUCAAAUUCUUGUUUUUCUUUGGUUACCUUUGAUAUUCCAUUUCAAAAUGAAUGUGUUUUUUCAUGUAUUUAGUUUUACUUUAGUGUGUUUCCUGUCCAGUUGAUCCACAUGUUCUGCAGUUGUUUUCUGUUUGUCAUUUGUGUUGUGAAAUCCUGAUACUACUAAAGAUUUAUUUAUAUUUGAUUGACUCUAAAGUUUGUUUUAUUAAACACUUAUUAAAUAGUUUGGUGUUAAAAAAAAAAAAAAAAAAAAAAAAAAAAAAAAAAAA